AGUGAUCUGUGAUUACGUGUGACGUGUGCUGUCAAUUUAAUACUGUUGUCAAAUUUUUAUAAAAUCAUGUUCAUGAUUACAAGAUAUUAAUUAUUCGUCUGAUAAAGAAUAAAACAAAUUUUCCUACUAAUAAUCUACUUUUAUUGGGCUAAUUAAAUAAAUUAAAAUGGCCGACCCUAACCCCCAAGCUGGAGACACGGGCCCGCCCAAGGGCAUGCCAGCUCUGAAGGCACACGUUAUUGCCAACAAGAUAGACGUAGCCCUGUGGGGCAUCAGGCUGCUCACCGUGCUCUGCACUAUUGGAUAUGUUUUACCCAUUUUCAACAACGCGUCCGCGGCGUUCUACAAGGCUCUGCUGGCGAACGCGGCGACGUCGGCGCUGCGGCUGCACCAGCGCAUCCCGGCGCGAGAGAUCGCCGUGUCGCGCGAGUUCGCCAGCAGGCUGUUCCUAGAGGACAGCGCGCACUACCUCUUCUACUCGCUCGUCUUCAUGAACGUCACGCCCCACAUACUGAUUCUGAUACCAAUAUUUUUGUUCGCUCUGCUGCACGCUGCGUCAUAUUCGCUCACCAUACUUGAUACGCUGGGCCAGAACUCGAUGUGGGUGGCGCGCCUGCUCAUCUCGCUGGUGGAGUUCCAGUCGCGGAACAUCCUACGCGCGGCGGCGCUGGCCGAGAUCGUGCUGUUCCCCGUGGUGGCGCUGCUGGCGGUGGCGGGCGGCUGCGGCUACCUCACGCCCUUCGUGUACUACUACUUCGUGAUGUGGCGCUACGCGUCGCGCCGCAACCCCUACACGCGCAACACCUUCCGCGAGCUGCGCGUGCUGGCCGAGAGCGCGGCGGCGCGCCCCGCGCUGCCCGCGCCGCUGCGCUCGGCGCUGCUGGCCGGCGUGCGACUGGUGUGCUCCAUGGCGCCGCCGGUCGAAGUGCAGCAGUAAUUUCUUAAUGAAAAUGUAUUGGUGGUGUGACCGUUCUACCUACAACACCGAGUCCAUUUUGCAUAUUUGUAAGGGUCUUUAAUUUUUAAGACUGCAAUAGUAUUUAAGUUUUCGCUUCUGACAUUUUGUGAACUGUAACUUUAACAAUAGACAAUAAAGUGAAGAUGACAAACGAACUCUUGGUAGUCUUGGUUAUUUGCGUAGACAGAGAAGUCAAUAGACAACUUAUUGACCUGGAAGAUAUACAUAUUUAAAUCUCAAAACACUACAUUUAACUAUUUUUUCACCCAUACUAAUAUAAAGAUAGCUGCUCAAUUAUUUUCAAUCAAGUAGACGCUUUAAUUUGUUGCUCACAAUAUGUUUAUUUUUGUUUAUCUUUGAGGAUGCUUUCUAUCUGUCUAUAUAUUUCUCUGUCAACGGUUAUUUGUAAAAACGGCCUUAUUAAACUAUUCAAAGAUACAGAUUAACAUAUCUUAGGGCUAUGGUACUUUACCAAUGUUUUUUGUGAAGGCUCAAGUAUUUUUUUUACAUCAAAUAAUUCGCUAUAGACUUUCUUCAACACAAGACACUUUGCUCAACACAAGCGGGCGCAGCUUUAUCGAUAUUUAAAUACUAGAUGAAACAUCAAUGCCAAGCAAAACAUUUUUUAUUGCAGUAUUUUUUUUUGUUAUUGUUGUUAUUGCCUAUUUGAUGAAAUAUAGCAUAGUUUUUAUGUACAGAUAAAUUUAUGAAUGUAUGCUUAUUAUACAUAGUUUGAACGUCAAUGUAGAACGUCACAGGUCACAAUGUCUGCUAAAGGAGAUGGUCCAAAAUUGUAAGGAGCCCAGAAUUAACUCCCAAGAAAUGCAACAUUGUGGGUAAUAAUGGCGGUUAAAUGACGUUUUCAAUGCAGUAAUCGAUUUGACGUUUGCUGUCAAUUGUCAUGUCAUAGUUGCUCUCUCUAUGGGCGCCACCUUGAUAAAAACCAAAAACUUGGGUUUUUAUUUUAUUUAUUUCUUUUUAUUGAGUUUGAUUAUUCACUUUAUUAAAUUUUAAAUAAAUCCUUGUAUUUUUUAAAUUUUAAUGAUACUGGGUACAAAAAUGGACCUGAAAUGGACCAUCUCCUUUAUUUUAAUAAAAAGUAUAUAAACAUUUUGUUUGUGUUCUAGCAAUAUUUAUGUGAUGUUUCAACUAUGUAUUUAUAUUCUAUGUGCUGGAGCCGAUUUUGUAACGCAUGUAACGUUUAUUUUGUAUAAUAACUAAGCUAUCGUCGAUACCUCUUUUUUUCUUUGGUAUUUUUUUAAUUGCUUACGGGACAAACUUAAAGUUGUAUUAUGUUAGUUUUUUUAUUAAUUUAAGUGCGAGAAGCGAACAAUUUCGGUCCAAUUUAAGUUAGAAAUUAGAAGAUACUAGUGUAAUUGAUAAAAAUAUAUUUAUAGUUAUAUGGAGCAUAAUAUAUUAUUAUGAACAUUAUUUUUAUUCUGUUAUGUUUUCCUCUGUGACUCAUAUUUUUCUGGUGACAUUAAAAUAACUUGUACGUUUAAGAUGAAUAUUUUUAUCAAUAAUUUUCGUAACGGUGUCUAUUUAGUGACGUCACAGAACUUUACAUUGAAACAAUACAAAUUAAUUUCAAUGUCACUGAAAUAUGGUGUGCCUGGCGCAUUUACUUUUUUUUGGAAUAUUUCAAUUAUUUCCAUUAGGAAAUUUUAAGAAUGAACUAAUAUAAUAAAGGAGCGAUGUUUUUGUAUUAAGUAUUAAUGCACGUGGUUUGGGGAUGAAUGUAACUUGGAUUUUUUAAAUAAAUGUUGUGGUAAU